AUGAUAGCAUGGUGCCUACGUUUCAUUAAAAAUGCUCCAUAUCCCAAAAAUCGAAACAUUGGCUAUCUGACUAGUGAUGAAAUGAAAGCCGCUAGAAAUAUUUUGGUGAAGAUAGUUCAAAAGCAAGAGUUUUCCACUGAGUAUAUUCAUUUGGAGAAUAAAAAACCACUUCCUGCUAAUAGUAAAUUACUUUCCUUAAAGCCAUUUAUAAAUGAAGAUGGUGUAAUACGAGAUGGUGGUAGACUGGAAAAUGCUCCUUUUUCAAAUGAAAGAAAACAUCCCAUUCUAAUGCCAAAGAAUCACCACUUAACUACCAUUAUCAUACGCUCCUAUCAUGAAACAUAUUUACAUGCGGGUACUAUUCUUUUGUUAUCUGUUAUACGAAUUUGGGAGGCAGCUGUCAAAUCCGCUAAAUCUCACCUAAAACGUACAAUAGCAGACCAAAAAUUGACUUUGGAAGAAUUUUCAACGCUAACGACACAAAUUGAAUCUUGUUUAAAUUCCCGACCGUUGAGCCCUUUGUCAGAGGAUCCAUCCGAAAUGUCUGCUCUUACUCCUGGGCAUUUCUUGGUUGGUACAUCGCUUUCUUCAAUACCAGAAGAAAAUCUUCUCAACGAAAAAAUUCCCCCUUCUUAUCGCUGGAAAUUAACUCAACAGAUUUUUCAGAGUUUCUGGAAACGAUGGUUAAAUGAAUAUGUUUCCGCGUUGCAACAGCGAUCCAAAUGGGUACGAGAACAACCAAAUAUUAAAGUAAAUGAUUUAGUUUUAAUUAAAGAGGACAACGUUCCUCCUCUAAGGUGGAGGUUAGGUAGAGUAAUGGAAGUUUUUCCUGGUUCGGAUCAGAAUGUGCGAGUUGUUAACAUAAAGACCGAUACUGGAUUUUUUCGCCGACCAAUUUAUAAAGUAGCAGUUUUGCCUAAUAUGGACUGA